UGGAGCUUUCCCAGUCAGCUGUUGUCAGUGCCCCACGACGACUUUUCAGCAUGGAAAACGUAUCCAAGAUCUGGCUGGGACCCCUGCCCGCGGACUCGCCCUAUGUGAAGCCAUUCCGGCUGUACUACGUCCAGAAUGGCGUGGAGAAGAACUGGGAUCUGCUGAAGGUCCACGACAGCGUAGCCAUCAUACUGUACAACACGACGCGCCAGAAGCUGGUGCUGGUCCGCCAGUUCCGACCCGCCGUCUACCACGGGAUCAUCUCCAGUGCACAGGGCAACUUCGAUAAGGUGAACCUCGAGGAGUACCCGCCCGCCAUCGGGGUCACCUUGGAGCUGUGUGCCGGGAUCGUGGACAAGUCCAAGAGCUGGGUGGAGAUCGCCCGCGAGGAGGUGCUGGAGGAGUGUGGCUACGACGUCCCAGUGGUACGCAUCGAGGAGGUCAUGGUCUACCGAUCUGGUGUUGGCUCAUCGGGUGCCAAGCAAAUCAUGUACUACUGCGAGGUGACCGAUGCGGACAAGGCCACCAGUGGCGGCGGCGUGGAGGACGAGAUCAUCGAGGUGGUGGAGCUGUCCCUGGAGGAGGCGAAGCGCAUGAUCCAGCAGGGAGCGGUGAACAACAGCCCGCCCAGCUGCCUCAUGGGCCUGAUGUGGUUCUUCGCCAACAGGGCACCCAGUGCCAGCACCUAGUGGUGAUCGCUGCCGGUGAUUCAGAGAUACUGAGAUAAGCGGCGGCCGUGAUAAGAUGAUAGGAUGAUAAAAUGAGCGGUGCCUUACUAACUCGUAUUCGCCAAAACAAGAAUUCAAAUGCUUUCCAACCGAGAACAUUGUGAGUGCGCCCAGCGCAUACGAUAAUACCGAAAUUCCCGUGCCUGUCGAGGCUUACCUUAUGAUAUGAUAUGAUAUGAUAUGAUAUGCACUAUGUAAUAUGUAAUAAACCCUGGCCAGCUGUCCGCUCAUGAA